GUUUCACUGCGCGCUGCCGCACAGACGUCUACCGCGUUUCGAGGCAGACGCUACGUUCCACCGUUCGGCGCGCAAGAAUCGCCACUCAGCCCGUAGAAAGUCGCGCCUGCGCAGAAACCUUACAAACAAACAAAAAAAACAGAAGAAAUAAAUAAUAAUACAUAUAAAAUAAGAUAAAUCAAAAGUGUGGAGUGCAGCUAAUAUCCAGCGCACAGCAUCAUGCUGCCUAAGUGCAAUCAAAAUGUUGACUUCUUUUGACUCUUCUUCGGCUGGAAUUUGAGUUUCUCCCCCCUCGAAAACGUAUCCGUUUUUUAUUAACUGCCUUGUGUUCUCUGCAUAUCAAAAAAACGCAAAAGUGAAAGUGAUUUUUCGGUGUUUCGGUGCGUGUGAGAGUGCCCCUUGAAUGACAAAUAUUGAUAUGGUACAAUGAAAACCAGGCAAUUCCCGACAGCCAAAUAAGCAUCGAGAGAAACUAUCUAAGAAAUACAUUUAGCUUGUGUGUGCCCAUUGGAUUACGGAACGGAAAGUUGGCGACCAGCUUAAGGAUAACCAGCAAGGGGAUCGGAAUAUACCCAGCACAUAGCGCUAUCAUCUACAAAUUAUCGGAUUUGGAUAUGGCUGCCAACGAGAUUAUGACACCCACAGUCAAUGCGAAUUGUCAAUACUCGACUAGAUAUUGUUGGGAGGCGGAAAAAGUCAAAUCUUUGAUCAGAUUGCGGGCAGAACUCUCGCCUUUGUUUACGGGCAAGCGAAAUGCCUCCAAAUAUGCUUGGGCCGUGGUGGAACGGGAACUCAAUGUGCCGCUGCCGCUGUCGAAGAUCAUCAAGAAGUGGAACAACCUGCUGCAGGAGUACAAGGCCAUCAAGAUGUCCGAGGAGCCCAAGCGGCGCGAGUGGCCCUUCUUCACCCUGAUGGACGUGUACUUCAGCGACCAGGUCAACGAUCCCUCGCUGCGUCUCUUCUCCUCCACGAAGACCCUGAAGGAGACCCUGGACGAUAGCGUUUUCGAAGAUGAUCCAAUCAUCGCCUCCGCCAUUGCGGCGGCCACAAGUGGCGCCUACAUGGACAUCGAUGAGCUGAUUCGACGGCAGAAGGAGCGUGCCGCUCUGGCCGCCGAGCGGAAGUUGGCCGCCGCUGCCAGCGGAGGAAGCGGCGACUACAAAUUCGAGCUGAAGCCGAUGCUGUCGAACAGCAAGUUCAACAGCAACAGCGAGAUGGCCAAGCUGUCGAAGAGCGUCGACGACCUGUCCAUGCAGCAGUACAAGCUCAAGCAGGAGCUGAUGCGCCAGCGGGAGCAGGAGCAGCAGGAGAACAUGGUCAAGAUCAAGCAGCACGCCCGGCAGCAGCAGCAGCAGCACCAGCAACAGCAGCAGCAGCAACAUCAGCAGCAGCAGCAGCAGCAACACCACCAGUCGCAGCAGCAGCGAUUUUUGGGCCACCAGCCGGCACUUUCGCCGCAUCCACAUCGUCUGUCGUCGUCGUCGACGCCGCCGGCGCUGCAGCACGCUCUGCAGCAGCAGCAGCAGCACAUGUUGCAGCAGCAACACCUGCAGCAACAGCUGCAACAGCAGCAGCAGCAGCAGCACCAGCACCAGCAACAACAGCUGCAGCAGCACCACCAGCUCGCUCAUCCCCACCAGCCGCCCACUCCGCGCCCCAGUUCUCCGCCCACAACGGCGCAGCAGAUCCACAUCACGGCCACCCAGCACCAGGCCGCCCAGCAGCAUCUGCAGCAGCAGCAGCAGCAGCAGCAACAGCAGCAACAGCCGCACAAGCAGCAGCAAUCGUACACGGACCCCAACACCAUCGAUCAGUACUUGUUGUCGUGGAACAACUUCCAUGGGAACAUGUGCCGCGGAUUCCACUCCCUGCAGAAGGACGAGAAGAUGGUGGACGUGACCAUCGCUGCCGGCGGCAAGAUAUUCAAGGCCCACAAACUGGUCCUGUCCGUUUGCAGUCCGUACUUCCAGCAGAUCUUCCUGGAGAACCCAUCGAGUCACCCCAUCCUGCUGAUGGCCGACGUGGAGGCCAGCCACAUGGCCGGACUCCUGGACUUCAUGUACAGCGGCCAGGUGAACGUCAAGUACGAGGAUCUGCCCGUCUUUCUGAAGGUCGCCGAGGCCAUGAAAAUCAAGGGGCUGCACACAGAGAAGAACCUGGACAGCGACGCCAGCGACAUCAGCUCGCCGCACGAGAGCGACGGCACCGAGUGCCGAUACGAACGGGGAACGCACAGCGUGAACAUCACGAGCGGUCAUGCCGCCGGCUAUGGCGGAGCACCGCCACCGCAGCAGCCGUCGCCGUCGCCCUCGCUCAACGGACCCAACCGCUGCCCCACCCCCUUGUCGAGUGGAGGAGGCGGAGGCGGAGGAGGUGGUGGUGGUGGGGGUAAUCCGAACUACGCCGGAUUCCGCGAGCACAUCAAGUCGAAGGCCACGCUGGCCGAGACCUUCAUGAAGAAUCUCAACAGGAACAACAACAACAACAGCAGCAGCAACAACUACAACCACUUGGGCGGCAGCAACGGAAGCCUCAAUCUCACGGAGGCGGAGAGCAACUCCUUUGCGAUCCUGCAGGCGAACAGCAAGAAGAUGCUCGACUCGGCCAGAAAGCAGCACAAGUAUCUGGCCAAGCGAAAGAUCCUGAUGCACUACAACACGGAACUGGGCGGCGAGAAGCGGCUGAAGGAGAUGGAGAGGGAGAGGGAUCGGUAUCCAAGUGCCGAGCAGCACGAUGACGCUUUGAACAACAACCACAGCCACGCCCAGGACAACAUUAUGGAGCCGAUAAUCACGACGAUUGUGCCACAAACGCCGCCGCCUUCCACGCAUAACAACAACUUCAAGAUCCGAUUGGUCGAUAGCCAUCACCUGAUCAACAACAACCAGAAUCAAAACCAGAACAACAGCGAUAGAAGUCCACAUUCGGGUAGCAACAACAACUGCCACAAUGACAACGACGAGGAGGCACUGAAUCUGGUGCAGAUUCCCAAUGCGAAUGGCAGCAGGGGCAGGGAGCAGACGCCCACCUCGGCCACGCCCACACCCGACAUCCAGUUGAUCAAGCGGGAAGUGGAGCAGGACUCACCGCCGGCGGAGAACGCACAGAACAACAACGGACACGAUGAGGAGUUGGCUGCCGCAGGAUACGAUCGCAAGUACGACGACAACAACAACAACCGCGGAUUGGACAUGGAAACGGAUUCGAACAACAACAACAGCAAGCUGGGAAGCGAUAACAAUGGCAUUGCACUGGCGCUGGGCAAGCACAAGUUGCUGAACAGGACCCUGCAGGAGCAGGAGCAACAGGAUCAGAAUCAGAAUCAGGAUCAGCAGGAUCAGGACUCCGAUCACGGUGGCAACAACUGCAGCAGCGACGACAACAACAACAACCACAGCCAACACUUGGACUUGAGCACGAUUAAGAACAUUGCCACGGCGGAGAUCCUGUGCGGACUGAAGAGCAAGGUCCUCAAGCUGGAGGAGGAGCAGCGCGAGCGGGAAAGGGAGAGGGAGCGGGAACGGGAAGCCUGUCGCAGCCUCAGCGAGAUCAAGAACGCCGAGUGAUCCUAACGAGGAUCCCCCAGAAGAAAACCCGGAAAAUUAUGCAUUUGAUUAAACACUAACAUAGAGAAAAGAGGAGGAGGAGCCCGUCUAUGUUUGCUAAUUAUAGUUAUUUAUUAUACCACUUAAUAUCGUUAAUGUAAUUGUAAUGACAACCCGAACCCACAUGAUCAUUGGUUAGCUUGGUAGGCCUAGCAUUCUCCCAGCACACCACUUUAGAAUCCCUAGCAACUAAGAAUCACGAAUCAUUAACGUACUAUAUCGUAUCGUAUCGUAUCGUAUCGCAUCGUAUCGCAUCGCAUCGCUGAUCGAAAUACAAAUUUAAUAUUAGCACUUUGGAAAUUGGCCCUGUUGCAAUACGAGUUAAGCCCAUGUUAAACAUAUUGAUAUCGUUUAAUAUUAUGUAUGUGUAGAGCAGUACGUUGUAGGAUAAUACCCGCCCCCUCCAGACGCACUUUCGAUUUUCAGCAAAACUUUAUAACAUUAUUUAUACAUACAAACAAACACAUACACAUCGUACGACGAAUGUAUCUCAACACCAAUCACGCAUGCAUAUAGACACCAGAAACCCCCCUUCCCCUUCCCCACCCCCUCUCACUCCCACUCCCCACACACACACACAAACAUCAAUCGCAUUGCAUUGCACCAUAUGCCCGAGGGUAUAGUAAUGACAUCGGACCCGUCCAGACCAUGCAACACUGGAACGGGCCACAUCUACAAAGGAUCAAAAAGAAAGGAACAAUAUAUGUAUCUCGUUUUUAGUUUUAACUUGCCAGACCUUUUGAAUGAGCACUCAGAUAACCCGGUUGCACGCGAUCGUGUAACUUUCACCCCGAAGCGGUUCCGGAUCUUGUUAAUUGUUGUGCAUGUGCCCAUGUGCCUGGAACCCAGCCCCAAAAACAAAAAAAGACAAAACGCAUCCACUGAGUGGGGAUCGCUCAACUGCAGAUCGACCAGAACCAACAAUGCACAGUGUAACUCGUACAAUAUUUAUUCAACUUCUUUACAUUUAAAACAAAAAUUGUGUAAUGUUUUUUGCUGUUGAACAUUUUUUUAUUGUAAAAGAAUUAACGAAUGAAUAAAGAACCCAACACAUUCAAAAAAAAA